CAAGCGGAGGAGAGCUGAGCAGCGCUUCCAGCUCCUCUGUCCUUCCAGAACAGACCGUGGAGCUCCUCCUCACAACAUGGAUACCUCCUCGGUCCCUUUUCUUGACUACAGCCUGCAGUACCAGUGGUGUUCCGACACGGACCUCUCCAGCACGUCUUCUCCAGAAACCCUGUCUCCUGUCUACUCCAUGGACUCCAGCCUCUCCCCCUCCUACCAGCAGCCGUCACAGUCCACUCCCAGGGCAGCGAAGAACCCGUACUCCCAGAACCUCAAGUCCUCGCCCCGCUCCCCGUCUGGACGUGGCCGGAAGCUGGGCCAAGCCUCCCGGAUCCGCAGCAAGCAGAGGGAGAGCGCCAGCGAGAAGGAGAAGCUGAGGAUGAGGGAUCUGACCAAGGCUCUUCAUCACCUCAGGUCCUACCUGCCGCCAUCCGUCGCUCCUGCAGGCCAAACCCUGACCAAGAUAGAAACGUUGCGCCUCACCAUCCGCUACAUCUCCUACCUGUCCGCCCAGCUGGGCCUCAGCGAGGAGGUGCUGUUCCAGAGGAGGGAGCAGGCGGAUACAUCCGCCAGCUCCUCUCCUGACAUCAUCCGCUACUUCCAGAACGCCUCAGCAGCUGGACGGGCGGAGAGCCAGAGCCUGAACCAGAGCCUAUACCAGCUCCAUCAUUUCAGCCAGCAUGCAGUGAUGCAUUCUGGGGAAUGUAGUUUUGGAGCACCUCAGUUCAGCAGGCAGAACUCUGAGGGCGUUCAGGGAAACGUGAGGACCAGCGCAGAGCUACAGACACCUCCUGCCUCCCAGGCCUCCUGCCAGAUGUGCGGCAAAGACUUCUGCACUCCUCUGGUUCCAAGAGAGUACUGGGGUUAGACUUUCCUCCACUUCGGACGCUGCUGCGGUUCCUGUUGCAUCCCUGUGAACUUUAUUUAUUGAAAACAAGUUAUACAGCUUUUAUUUAUUCCCUCACUCUAAACUUUCUAUGUAAAUACUGA